AGAAGACAAAGGAAAGUUCCACAGUCAAGACGUGUUCACCAUUUUGUUAUAAAACUUGAAGAAAAUUGCAUAGAUUUGGAGGUCAAACAAUUGCAAACCACUCACUCAAUACACUCGCUUACUACACUCAGUUCAUUUACUAGCUUCGUUCACUACACUGUUCACUAUUCUGUACAAUUGUUCGUCGUUUAAUUAUUCAUCUGUAUACUUCAUUUACGCUCAACUCCGUCAAGUUAUUAAACUGUUUACAUCUUUUGCUUAUGAUUUGUGAACUGCUGCGAUACUUGGAGCAUUGUUGAUUGCUGUGAUUAAAUGAAGCAUAACUGUAUGGAAUUGUGUGCCUGAACUGUUUAUUUCUAGUGCGUUCGGAAUAUCGACCAUCAAAUUUAUAAACUACCAUCCUACUUUAAACUCCUGUGGCUUAAUUUGUUAACAGAAGUCACAUAAGUUUGCAAUUGCCAGACAAUAAUAAGGAUGGCAGAUUCAGAUUUUUCAAAUGAUGAUAACGUCACUUCGCUGAAGCAUUCAUGUAGGGGAUACAUAGGGACAUUAUCCCGACUCUACAAGGAACUAGAGGUUUUAAUGGCAGACUUCGAAAAUAAGGACGCAGUCGUGCAAAAGCAUCUCCAGCUCGAAAGGGUAUUCACCUCGUACAAGGAAAAAAGCGAUGAAUACAUAAGCGAGUUGAGUGGAGCAGAAGCGGGGGCUGCGUCAGAGAAAUUCGAGAGAAAUGUCGAGAACAAUCGAGAGUUCCGAGUCAGACUACAAGAUUGGAUGGAAGCAGCGGAGAAAAGAGUUGACGUGGGAGGUCGGUCAGCCGACGUUGACGGCGACGUCGAUGACGACAGGCGGUCAGUGCGGUCUUCCCGAUCGUCGAGUAGCAAGGCAUCGCGGUUCACCGUAGCGAGCUCGACAUCGUCAGCACGACUGAGAGAAGCAAGAGCCAAGGCGGCUGUUGCACGCCUCAAUAGACAGCACAUGGCAAAGGCCCAUGAACUUAAACAAGAACAAUUGAAGCUUGAACAGAAGCUUGCGGCGAUGGAAGCCGACAAGGACAUCGCGGCUGCUGAAGUUGAGCUUCAGUGUCUUGAGGAAGAAUCGGACGAUGAAUGUCAAGGAAGAGUAGAUAAGUCAAAUAAGAUACAUGUUAAUGACUCUACUUUUAAUGAUGUCAAAACAAGGGAUAAUAGAUAUUCUCUUGAUGAAGCUGCACAUGUCCCCAUGGUAACAAAUUUGAAUCCAAAUGCCCCAGAAUACACUGGGAUAGGGGUAAAGGUAGAAAGUGUCAAGGGGGAUGGUGCAGCCAUGUCUAACAUGACUCAAAUGUUUAACGCUUUGGACUUAGUGAUGAACAUGCCAAAGCCGGAAAUGAAAGUAUUCGAUGGUAACCCAUUAGAUUAUUGUGCCUUCAUUUCCAGCUUUGACGCCACUGUAGCUUCUAAGAUAAGUGAUGAUAGGGCUAAGCUAACGUAUUUAAUACAAUACUGUAGUAGUAAGGCUAAGGAUAGCAUUGAAAAUUGUGUCUUCCUAGGGCCCCAGACCGGAUACCAAAAGGCAAGGGAUAUUCUAGAAAAUCAAUUUGGGCAGCCAUACAUGGUUGCCACUGCUCACAUGAAAAAGGUGCUAAGUCGUCAGCCCAUCAGACCAAAUGACGGUGAAGCACUAUGGGACCUUGCUCGCGGCAUGAGGAAAUGUCAGAUGGUUUUGUCGCAAGGAAAUUAUCGAGCCGACAUGGAUAGCACAGAAAACCUUCUGCGCAUCCAACAGCUCUUGCCGGUCCACUUGCAGUCCGAGUGGGCAAGGAGGGCGCACUCAAUGAUGACCAGGUUCAUGGCUCCAACGUUUGAAGCCAUGACUAUGUUCAUUGAGGAGUCUGCCCAGUUAUCAAGUAAUUUGUUUGGCCAAAACAUUGGCAAAUCGAAAAACAAACCAUCUGACAAAUCCUCAAAGCCAAAAGGAGGGUUCAAGGUAACAACAAUGUCGACUCAGAGCAACCCCACAGCUGGUAAAGGUAAGUCUAAAGCAAAGAGCGAUAGAAGUUGUCUUUGCUGCUCUGGGCGGCAUAACCUAGAGGACUGUAGGAACUUUGUCAAGAAAUCCUUCGAAGAGAGGAGGAACAUUACCAGGAAGCACAAGUUGUGUGAUAACUGCUUCCGAACUUCGCAUAUGUCGUCCGGAUGCAUGAUGAAAUCUAGAUGUACUGAGAAGGGAUGCCAACGGAAGCAUCACACCCUUCUUCAUGCUCCUGCAUCCUUCUUCAAGGAAAGAAAACUUGACAAAGCUAACCCCAAGAAGUCUAGCAAUUCCCAAGAAUCCAACUCAGACACCGGGGCCGGUAGUUCAGAUGAAGAAGCCUCUAGCAGAGAAGCGGGCGACUGUUACAGCAGUGUAACUUCACAAAGAAAGGUAAGUCUAAGGGUCUUGCCAGUGAAGGUCCAAGGUAAUGGACGUGAAGUACAGACAUGGGCCUUACUAGAUGAAGGGAGCGAUAUAUCAAUCUGCUCCAAGGAUUUGGUAAGAGACCUUGGGAUGACAGGGUCACCACGGCGAAUUCAACUCACAACUGUCAAUGGGGUUGAUUCCCAGCAAGGUGAAGAGGUCAGCCUCAAGGUCAGGGAUAUCCAUGACAAGGAAGAGUUGGAUAUUCCACGUGUCUGGACAGUGAAGUCCUUACCGCUUUCCGAUUCUCUGAUUCCAGACAACAAGGACCUUCUUAAGUGGAGACACUUAAGAGGUAUUGAGUUCCCAUCGAUUGACGCAACGGAGGUCAAGCUUCUCAUAGGAGCCGACACCCCUGAAGCGUUUUGGGUCCUGGAACAGAGGAGAGGGAAAAGGAAGGAACCUUAUGCGAUACGCUGCCCUCUAGGUUGGACGCUAAUGGGGCCAACCACAAGGUCUAAGGAAACUACAGCCUUCCAUGUGAACUUUGCCCGGCUAGAAGAUGAAAGGCUUCAAAGCCAGGUCAAGAAGUUCUGGGAGUUAGACCAUGUGGUUGAGGAUAAUCCAGGAAGGAUGGGAGAGUCCAUCCAAGACAUGCGAGCGAGAGAACUCAUGCAGGAAAGCAUCAAGCUCGUCGAUGGCCACUAUGAAGUAGGGCUACCUUGGAAGUAUCCAGACCCCGGACUUGAGAACAAUCGCCAUAUGACUGAAGUCCGUCUUAAGUACUUGGAAAGGAGGCUGAAGAAGGAUUCUAAUCUAGCUGUCAAGUACACAGAGACUGUCCAAGGUUAUAUUGAGAAGGGAUUUGCGGAGAAGGUGCCAAGACAGGAGAAGGAAGAAAAUCUUCAGACUUCCUGUACAUGGUAUCUCCCUCAUCAUCCGGUCGUUCAUCCUCACAAACCUGACAAGGUAAGAGUUGUGUUCGACUGUGCAGCAAAGUAUCGUGGAACUUCACUAAAUGACACAUUGCUGCAAGGACCCGACCACACCAAUAGCUUAGUUGGUGUACUCCUGCGAUUCAGGCAGGAACCUGUGGCAGUUGUUGGUGACGUAGAGGCAAUGUUUCAUCAAGUAAAGGUGCCGAAGAAAGAUUGCGAUGCUCUCCGCUUCCUAUGGUGGGAAAAUGGUAACCUGGCCACAGAACCGGUAGAGUAUCGAAUGAAGGUGCAUCUUUUUGGUGCAACGUCAUCACCAAGCUGCGCAGGAUUUGCUCUAAGAAGAACUGCAGAAGAUAACCGACAUGAAUAUGAGGAAGACGUCGUCAACACAGUGCUGGACAACUUCUAUGUUGAUGACUGCCUCAAAUCAGUGCCCUCUGACAAAGAUGGGGUGAGGCUAGUCCAGCAACUGAGAGGUCUUCUGCAGAAAGGAGGAUUCCGCUUAACAAAAUGGGUAAGUAAUAGUAGAGAAGUGCUUAACUCAAUACCUGAAACAGAAAAGGCUCCAUCUGUAAUUGAUAUGGAUCUGGAUACUCUCCCAAUCGAGAGAACGCUAGGAGUGUUGUGGGAUGUCGAUUCCGACAAGUUCGGCUUUAAGGUGAGUCUGAAGGACAGACCUGCAACCAGGCGAGGGAUACUGUCUAAGGUAAGCUCUUUAUACGACCCCCUUGGGUUCCUAGCACCUUUCAUCUUGGUAGCCAAGGUUCUUCUGCAAGGAAUCUGCCAGAAAGGUCUAGCAUGGGAUGAACCAGUGGAUGAAAAGGAUCUCCAGACCUGGCAAGAAUGGCUUGAUGAUCUUCCCAGACUGACAGAGAUCAAGAUACCAAGAUGUCUCAAACCAGAAGUACUUGAAGAUCAAGUACUUUACCAGCUCCACUAUUUCUGCGAUGCAUCAGAGCUUGGGUAUGCAGCAGUGGCUUACCUACGCUUAGUGGAUUCUGCUGGUCGCAUACAUUGCUCAUUUGUUUGUGGUAAGUCUAGACUCAGUCCCUUGAAGGUCACCUCAAUACCAAGGCUUGAAUUGGCAGCAGCUGUACUAGCUGUUGACAUGAAUCACAUGAUUCAAGAGGAAUUAAGGUUACCGAUUGCUACCAAAACGUACUGGACAGAUUCAACUUCUGUUCUCAUGUACAUCAAAAAUGAGAGCCGAAGGUUCCAUACCUUUGUAGCAAAUAGAGUUGCUAAGAUUCGUGAGGUAACAGAACUGAGCCAGUGGCGACAUGUGAACACUAAACUCAAUCCAGCUGAUGAUGGAUCGCGAGGUUUAAAGGCUCAAGAUCUUAUCACGAAUCCAAGAUGGCUCUCAGGACCCGACUUCCUCAAACAAGAGGAAGAAAACUGGCCAUCUUCUCCAGCCAUCUUGGGAGAACUGAAGAAGGAUGACCUGGAAGUAAAGAAAGACAGAGUUCAUGUGAACACUGUCGUAACAAAUGACAGUGUGCAAGAACUGUUGACCAGGUAUUCAUCCUGGAAUAGACUCAAAAGAGCCUUCGCUUUGAUACUUCGGUAUAAGAUGUUCUUGAGAAAUCGAGAUGCAGCAGCAAGGCUACCUCGAGGACUCACUGCAGAGGAAUUGAAAGAGGCAGAACUUGAAAUUACUAAACAAGUUCAGCGGAGAUCAUUUCCUUCAGAAGUGAUGACUGGAUCAGGGGAACCAACAAGGCGGCAAAAGGCCUCAGGUCGUCUGGACAAACUGAAUCCCAUCAUCACUGGUGGAGUACUGAGAGUUGGUGGUAGACUUUCAAGAUCUACUCUUGCAGAAGAUGCAAAACACCCUGCUAUACUCCCAAGAGAUAAUCAUGUGACUGACUUGAUUAUCCAACACUAUCAUGAAGAGGCUGGGCACUCAGGAGCGGUCAUAACCUUAUCAGCCAUAAGAGAAAGGUUCUGGAUAGUCAGAGGAGGAGCCACUGUUCGCAAGGUACUUCAAAGGUGUAUGAAGUGCAGAAAGAGAAGUUCCCGUCGAGGUGAACAGUUCAUGGCAGAUCUUCCAGCUGAGAGAGUGACACCAGAUAAACCACCGUUCACCUCUACAGGGGUGGACUUCUUUGGGCCUUUCAUGGUUAAGAGGGGACGCAGUGAGGUGAAGAGAUAUGCAUGUCUAUUCACUUGUCUUGCGUCAAGAAUCGUUCACAUAGAGAUUGCCUGUUCUCUUGACACAGAUUCCUUCAUUUGCGCCCUGAGAAGAUUCAUCAAUCGCAGAGGAAAACCGGAUCAGGUAUUCAGCGACAAUGGAACAAACUUUAAGGGCGGACAUAAAGAAUUGAAGGAAAGCCUGGCUGCACUCAAUGACUCUAAGGUUGGGAAUUUCUUAACCCAAAAGGGCAUUGAGUGGCGCUUCAAUCCUCCUCUAGCCAGCCAUAUGGGAGGAGUGUGGGAACGUGUAAUACGCUCAGUGCGCAAAAUACUAGGAGGCCUACUUCAUCAACAAGUUAUGUCGGAUGAGGCAUUAGUUACGCUGAUGACGGAAGUAGAGGCUAUCCUGAACGCACGCCCACUCACCCCAUUGAGCAUGGAUCCAAAGGAUGAGGAGCCUUUGACCCCAAACCAUCUCCUGUUGUUGAGGAAUAAUCCAUCCUUGCCCCCCGGCAUCUUCACAAAGGAUGAAAGCUAUGGCAGAAGGAGAUGGCGCCAUGUCCAAUUCAUCGCGGAUCAGUUUUGGAAGCGAUGGGUUAAGGAAUAUCUUCCACUCCUUCAACCGAGACAGAAAUGGACCAGGGAAAAAAGAAACUUCGAACAAGACGACCUCGUCUUGGUGGCGGACGACAAUGCACCUCGUGGGCAGUGGCCUUUGGGAAAAAUUGUGGCCACUUAUCCAGACAAGCAAGGUAGGGUAAGGCAGGUCGAGGUUAGGAUAGGUUCAAAAUAUUUCCGGCGUCCAAUUUCAAAACUUUGCCUUUUGGAGGAAGGGAAGGGUGCUCCCUAGAUAAUGGAAAAUUAUUUAAUGUUGUAGUGAAUAAUAGUGAAUGCUAUUUAUUCUGAGUUUUGUUUCUGAGUCCCAAUAUUUAAUUGUGAUUUAGAUAUGUAUGUAGAAAGAUAUAGCUACAGGUCAUUGAUUGUUGUUUGAAGUCAUUUGGAUAUGUAUUCUAGUUGAUUAUUGUUAUAAUGUUAUGUUUGUUUUGUUCAUACUUGUAUUGUUUAUAUAUGCCGCGUUCUAAUGGUAGGAAUGAGCUUAUGGGUGAGUCAGCUCAUUGGGGCCGGUAUGUUGCGGCAUGAAAUAUAAUAGGGUCUGAAACCUAAGCCUAUUAAUGAACAAAGUUACCUGUGUGCAAAGUUAUUUUGUGUCUGUUGGUUAGGAUCUCACUUUCCUCUCCUGGUGACAAAAUGUUUCUAAAUGUACCAAUUCUGGUUGGUCAAGUAUACCAUGCCCAGUGUAUAAUCAGGUAGCAACAGUAAUCCAAUUGGUCAACACAUUGGCCAAGCAUGCAAAUUAAACAUGACUCAGAGAUACCAAGAAAUAGGAGAUACCACAAAGUUAUCCCACUUGGCAUCAGAAGACAAAGGAAAGUUCCACAGUCAAGACGUGUUCACCAUUUUGUUAUAAAACUUGAAGAAAAUUGCAUAGAUUUGGAGGUCAAACAAUUGGUGAGUUGAAAUUAUAUUAUUUGUAUACUUUAUACAUAUUUGUACUGAUAAUCUUGUACUAGUUAAAGGGACUUUCUUCUGUAUUUAAACCAUAAAUAUUGUUGUUUGUCAUGAAGUUGUGAUGACUGCAUCUCAGUCGAGUAUAUAUACUACUCCGCCUAAUGUUAUAUAAUACUUCUUUAAGUUAAGAAGGGAGAAAUUCUGGUUCUGAUUGUAAUAAUGUAUAUGAAUUAAUGCAUCUCUCUUAUGUGUAAUUAAGUUAAUAGACAUUACAUUACUCUGAUUAUUAGUAUUUGAUAUACAUGUAUUAGUAAUUCUAAAUGAGGUUUCCUAAAGCCCCUUUCACAAUUGACGUACGACCACUUGCGACCUUUUGGUCGUGCGACAGGCUGCAACAGGCAUCAAUCGCCAGUCAUCUCAUAAUAUCGCACAGAGGCUUUCACAGUUGCAACAGCUGUCGUACAACAAAAACAACCAUUAAAACCCGUUGCACGAGUAAGUCGCUUAUGAUCCUAUUGUGCUUGUGCGAUCACAUGCGAGUGUUGCACGAGGGAUUGCGAGGGGAACGGUCGCACACAACGGUAGUGCAAUGUUGUAAGCCGUUGCGAUCGGUCUUGCAACAGUCUUAUGGCCCAUCAUAUUAUCGCACCCAGUCGCAAGACAGGUCUCUGUACAUGUAGGUCGCUAGCACAUGUGCAAGUGUUGUACGACCUCCAGUCGAGUAAAUGCGACUACUUAGUUGUGCCACCUGUCGCACCAAGUCGUGCAACGUUGAACAACACUCCCACGAUGAUCGCCCGACCGAUGGUACGACCCCGGAUACGAGCUGAUGCGAGUGAAUCGGUCGUAUUUGAUCGCGUUCGGAUUUUGAACAUGUUCAAAGUUCAGAUGUGACCAGUCACGACCACCUUGAGUUCGUGCGACCGUCUACAACGACUGCGAGUGCUCGCAAGUCACCAAGAGAUCGAUCGUGCAACAGCAGGAAAAACUGUUGCAGGCGGUCGUAAACUGGUCGGAUGUCAAUUGUGAAAGGGGCUGUACGGUCGCAUACAUGCGAAUGCAACGGUAGUGGAAUGUUGUAAGCCGUAAUUUCGAUCGGUCUUGCAACAGUCUUAUAUUAUCGCAACCAGUCGCAAGACUGGUCUCUGUAGGUAUCUAGCGCAUGUGCAAGUGUUGUACGACCUCCAGUCGACUAAAUGCGACUAUACGUAGUUGUGUCACCUCUCGCACCAAGUCGUACAACGUUGAACAACACUCACACGAUGAUCGCCCGACCGAUGGUACGACCUGAUGCGAGUAAAUCAAUUGUAUUUGAUCGCGUUUGGAUUUUGAACAUGUUCAAAUUCAGAUGCGACCAGUCACGACCACCUCAAAUUCGUGCGUUCGUCUACAACCACUGCGAGUGCUCGCAAGACACCAAGAGAUCGAUCGUGCAACAACAAGAAAAAACUGUUGCAGGCGGUCGUAAACAGGUCGUACGUCAAUUGUGAAAGGGGCUUUAGAGGAUUGCUAGAGUGAGAGAGACGGAGAGAGAGAGAGAGAGAAAGAGAAAGUUUGACCAUAUACAUGCACACACACAAGUGCACCUACUAUUACGUCUUUGUUCUGGAGUGUACAGAUUUGUCAAUGGGCAAAAGUUGUGGCAAGGCUGUCAACUUGACGGUUGCCAUGGGUACGAAGUUCUGACCAUGACUGGGGUCUGUUUACACAACCGCUUGUGUUUAGUAGUAUUAGGAUUACAGUUAGUACCGAUUUAUCUUUGGUAUAUGAUGAGUUUAAGUUCAUAUUUUAGUUAUUAUGUUGUAUCAUCAUUGUAUAUAUACCUGAGCGAUAUGUAUUAGAUUGUUAUAGUCUUGUUUAUGUUUUACUAGUUAUCAAGAAGAUAUUCUGUUGUCGUUAGUUGUUUGAUAAUGAUUGUUAAUCAUGUAUUUAUCAUAUGUUUAUCUUCUUUCUUAUAUUUCAGCAAACCACUCACUCAAUACACUCGCUUACUACACUCAGUUCAUUUACUAGCUUCGUUCACUACACUGUUCACUAUUCUGUACAAUUGUUCGUCGUUUAAUUAUUCAUCUGUAUACUUCAUUUACGCUCAACUCCGUCCAGUUAUUAAACUGUUUACAUCUUUUGCUUAUGAUUUGUGAACCGCUGCGAUACUUGGAGCAUUGUUGAUUGCUGUGAUUAAAUGAAGCAUAACUGUA